AUGAAACAAAUGCAAAUUCAAGAUAUCUUGAUUUAUUCGUACUUGCUGUUCACUUUGUUGCUAGUAUUUGUAGUGGAAGCGCAGCAACCUGAUUUACUCUCCGGCUGUCCUGCUCUUAGCGCAAUAGCAAAUGUUGAUUCUUAUAACGGAAGUUUUUGCUUCUGUAAUGUUCGGGAUAGUGGUCACGUACAUAUCAAUUGUUUGUACAGUUCUACUCUGGAACAAUUCAAAAAAGCACUUCUUGCUGUUAGUGCUGCAAAAAAAACCGUCCAACAGGUGACAUUAAGCCGUGUUAAAUUUGACGCUGGUGUACUACCUGGAAAAAUUUUCGAUAAUCCUUAUGCACCUAUACAAAUCAUAUCCAUCGAUAAAUGUGCUGAACGCACUCCCUUGAACAUUCAUGAGGAUUCAUUCCACGGUCUAGCUGAGCACUUGCAAGAACUUUACAUUACCAACUGUAACCUAGAGCAAUUUCCACAAAAAGCAAUUCAAAACUUAACGAAAUUGAGAGUUUUAUCAUUGGCCUACAACAAGUUAACUAAUCUGGUUAGAACGGAUUUCCAAACAUUACAACAUGUGGAAAUCUUGAAUCUCGAAGGAAAUUUUAUAUCGUCCUUAGAAAAUGGGACACUAUCGGUACUUCGCAAUUCCUUAAAACAGCUUAGUAUCGGAAAUCACAAUUCUCUCAACGAUAUCUUCGACGAAAUCUCACAGCUCAAAGAACUCGAAGUUCUAGAUAUGGGUCGAGCCGAUGGUAUCACUAAUAUAACAGAUGGAACAUUUGGAGAACUGAACAAAUUGGAAAAGCUAUUACUACCCGAAUGUAGUCUAACAGUUAUCCACAAGAACACAUUCCAAGGUCUUACGAAACUGACAGAGCUCGAUUUACGAAUCAAUUUACUAAAUGAAGUGGAAUGUGGAAGUUUUGUUUGGACACCAAGUCUACAACGCUUAUCACUUGCCGGAAACUAUCUAAAUGAAAGUUUAGCUUGCUGGUGGGAUGGACUAGAACAUUUGAAAGAACUCGAUCUUGGAUGGAAUGAGUUUUCAUUUCUGGAAAAAAAUGCUUUCUACAAACUUGGUCCAACACUUAACUUCCUAAAUCUUCGUCACAAUAAGCGAUUAAUGCACAUCGAUGAAAAUGCUUUCAACGGACUCAGUAAUCUCCAUCGCUUAAAUAUGAGUGAAAUAAGCAUCACAGAAUUUAGUAAAAUCCUCAAACACCUUUCUUCACUACAGGAACUGGACUUGAGCAACGGGAAACUGCAGCAGAUCGAUGAAAGCGAUUUGGAAGCUCAAAAUGAAAGGUUGGAAGGACUAAUAUUACGCAAUAACCAACUGACAACAUUACCACGAAGUGUACUAGAAAAUAUGAAAAAUUUACGUUUGCUGGACUUAUCAAACAACAAUUGGCUGUGUGAUGAAAAUAUGGAAUCACUUGUAGAAGAGAUCGAAUUGAAGUACAAAGAAGCAGUUUUGCUAGACCAAAAUUUCAUAUUACUGCACGCUAACGAAACAAACUGUAAUCGUCCGAAAAGUUUACAAGGACAAGCAAUAAUGAAUGUAAUUAAAGAUUCAUUCAAGAUGUAUAAUUCAAGCAAUGAUGCCAUCUAUUCAACGAUAUCAACAAUGCCAACAGUGGAUAACGAUCUAAAACUAGAAGAUAUUAGUACAGGCCUUCUCAAUAAAUUUCUAGCCAAAGAUGGUUUAAUUGGUGAUGAAAAUGCAAAAUCCGAGCAUCAUCAAAAUACAUCCUCUAUUGUACAUGCCCUAUACCACUUGGAUAUGAAAACUGAAUUAGUCAGCGAACAAACCAAAACCAAUCCCGCACCAAUAAUUGCUGUUGUUAUUACGUUGACGAUCAUCUCCACUGCUAUCAUCGUUGCUGUCAUCAGACAUUUAAGGAAACAGAAAAGUAGAAUGGGGAAGCGAACUACUUUUGAAAUGCGUGAUAAAGUAGUAACAAAUGAUGCAAAACUGAAAGAGCAUUCGAAUUUGCAUGAAGUGAUCAAAGAUAAUGUCUGA